CAUAGAUAGAGCCCCAUCCUCUUCCGUCGAACAGCUUUACGAACCUACAACACCACCAUCACGAUCACAAACACAGUCAUACCCACACAUGGGCCACUACUACUACAACGCUUGAGAAACCCAAACGACAUUCAAUCACACACCCAUGCCCUUUCCCGACUCGACUCGUCCAUAACGGCCUCUUUCCGUUCCUAUCUCUGGGGAUCGUCCCCUAGAUCGUCAACAUGAGCAGCAGCGAUGACAAAGUCGAGACCGCCGCCCUCGUCAUCUCACUCGUGGCAUUGAUAGGAACAUUCCUACAGGUCGUCCAGCAAUACCUUGCAUCUGCUACGGGUUACGCCAACUGCCGCAAAAGUCUCAAGGGCGGCUGGUAUGAUACGGUACACCGAAAGUUACAGCUCAAAGAGCUCCGUUUCGAGGUCCAGUUUGAGACUCCCGUCAUAUUCGUUUGUCCGCAAACUAAUGACCGCGGCCCUAUGGAUAAGCCUGAAUUGGGUCUCAAGGUUCCUAUCAGUUUUCUCGAUGGCACCAAGGACAGCAUGAAGAAGGCCCGGCUCUUGACACAAGAGGAGCAGAACGCACAACAGCGCGACGCCCUUCAACACAGCCGUAUUCAUACGGCCGAUAAUGAAAAGGCCACCUGGCUCACCCUGUUGGAAGAAAUUCAGUCCAUGGAACGAGCAAACAUGAAUUGGGUCACAGAGCAUCGCCAGAAAUCCGGCCCCGGUGCCGUAGCAGGCUUCAAAGAGCACACCUUGGUUGUUGCCCUUCAACCCAAGCCUCGAAGCUGGGACAACAUGCCUGCCGGCGUCAAGAAGCCGUACGCUACCACCACAAUAUGCCACAUAGUCGAGAUCGCAUCCAUGCUGGGUAUCUACUGGAAGGAGUUUGAUCGAUCGCGCGACAAGUAUCGCGCCGAAGGCAACGGUUUCAUGCUCACUGGCAGCACGGUACCCGAUCUCGGCCUCACCUUCACCUUCCAGAUAUGUGGAAAAGCCCGCUUCCAGGAGAACAGAAUCAUACCUCUUGAUGAAAUCAAGGAGCUGUGCUUCGGCUACGUUCGCACCAUCUUCUACACGGCCAAGGACAACCGCAGGCUUGGUGCUAAAGAUGACAACGAGCUCCAGUUUGGCAGUAUGCGCGAGAUUGCCGAGACCAUGGUUCAGCUCGAAUGCAACACUAGCACAGCCAAUUACUUCAAGACAAAGGACGCUAGACACCAACAUCUGUUCGCAGUUCCCUUUGAAAUCAUCGGCAUGCUUGGACAAUCCCUGUACAUGAAAAACAGUUACCACCGCAUGCUUCCGAACCCGACACCGUAUCACUGGGAUAGGCGCUUCUUUGAUCUCCCAAGGCUCAUCAAAGAGUUCUCAACGAGGUUUGACAAGGAAAAAUACAUGACGCCCUCUCCGGACACUCCUGAUCUGAAAAAGCUUAUCAGUCAAGUCCUCGAACAGCUGGAAACCGAUAGAAGGGACGUCGCAACAAGACAGAAGGAGAGGGAUACGGAAAUUGCCGCUGAAGAAGAAAAGAAGAAGAAAGACAAAGAGGACAAAGAAAACGAAGGGCACGAGAAGAAGAAGGAUGUAGAGAUCUCAAGUGACGUACCAUCUGAAGGUGGAGUCAUUGGUCCGCUCAAGCGAUCGCUAACAAGGAAACGAACACGACCAAGUUGGUUGAUUGAAUACAAAGCAAGCAGUCCUCCAAAAGCGGAAGAACGGCCCAAAAAGGACUACACACCCAUUUUGCCUGGCUACAACCUUCCUCUUCUCACUUGUCUACACGACGCGAUUCAGGAGUGCGACAAAUACCUGAAGACUCGUGAGCGCGAUCUUCUCACCAUGGUUGUUCGCGAGCACAUCCAAGAGGUACUCAGGAUGAUCAAUGAACCCGAGCCGGAGGAGAGUACGAAGUCAACCACAACGGGCGACACAGGAGAUGACAGCUCCCAGAAAGCAGGGAAGACGGUUACGGCCUUCUUCGACGUACUCAGCGCCGCCAACCCAGAAGACAGGCAGGGCAUUUUCAUGAAAGUCUACUUUGAGCAUGUCCUUCCUUGUGUUAGCGAUCGUGCGGUCAAAGCGUACGAUAAGCGCAAGCGCAUGAAGAACAUAAAUCACAGAUCGUAUACCUUGGCACAGCAGACCCAAAACUCAGACAUCAGUGGAUUGGAAAUGGCCCCGGCAGGUCCUGAUUCUACUGCCACUACUUCGACACCUAGUACGUCUACAGUUGGGCAAUCCCCAGUGUUGCCCACAACACCUGCCCUGGCCUCUAAGAAGCUCAUCGAAGCCCAGGCCAUCUGGUGCACUCUCAUUUUCAGGAUGCUGUGCUGGCUUCAGUUGCACGACUUCGAUAAGCAGGACAUACAGUUUCCCAAGAGCGAGCUCAGGGGCAAUCGCCUUCCUGUUUACAUCUCCUAGGUGGAUCAUGGCGACAAUUUUACGGCGGCUUUUUUCCCGUCUUAGGUACCCACUGAAUUUUGAUUUCCCUGGAGUCCUGUUUUUGGUUCUUUGGUCACAUCAUCACCUAGAUUUUUGCGAACAGCAUGGUACUCACAAUCUUGGACACUCCUUAGCAUGAUAGAUGGGGUAUUGGAUAACCUGAUCGAUAUAUUGGCUUCAAGCGCGUUGUUGUCACUUGGUCGUUUUACCCGUAUUGUUGUUUUGUUGCUUAGCGUAAGCCACACGUCUAACAAAUUCUUGAUCCUUUACGCUCA